CCUGAGCUUGCGCAGAGGCAUAUCAGAGUCUCUCUCUCGGCACCGAAGACUCUCUCUCUACCACAAUAUUGGUGUCGAAAUGGAAGACAUAGAGGAUCUGUUGGUUGGGAGUGGCGGAGCUCCGCCUGGGUUUCGGUUGCCCUUGGCGGCGACCGUUGGCGUCAAUCCUAAUAAGAAGAAGAAGAACCAGACUAACAUCAAAAAGGCCUCUCUAAUUCAAGACUCACUUUCUAGCCCCGAGUCUCCCAAAAUUCCCGGCACCCAGACAAUUUAUAUAAAGACUUUUGGAUGUUCACAUAAUCAGAGUGACAGCGAAUAUAUGGCGGGUCAGCUUUCAGCAUUUGGCUAUGCUCUCUGUGACAAUUCGGAGGAGGCAGAUUUGUGGCUGAUAAAUACAUGCACUGUUAAGUCCCCAAGUCAAUCUGCCAUGGAUACUCUUAUAUCAAAAUGUAGAAGUGCAAAAAAACCCCUGGUGGUGGCAGGGUGUGUGCCUCAAGGAAGUCGAAAUUUGAAAGAGCUAGAAGGUGUCAGCAUAGUUGGUGUCCAGCAAAUUGACCGUGUAGUUGAAGUUGUAGAAGAGACUCUGAAAGGUCAUGAAGUGCGGCUUCUGAACCGCAAGACAUUACCGUCACUUGAUCUGCCAAAGGUGAGAAAGAACAAGUUUGUUGAGAUUCUUCCAAUUAAUGUUGGCUGUUUAGGUGCUUGCACUUAUUGUAAAACAAAGCAUGCUCGUGGUCAUUUAGGGAGCUAUACUGUUGACAGCCUUGUCGGACGUGUUAGAAAUGUCGUAGCUGAUGGAGUGAAGGAGAUUUGGUUGAGUAGUGAAGACACUGGAGCAUAUGGUCGUGACAUUGGAGUUAAUCUUCCAAUUUUAUUGAAUGCUAUAGUAGCAGAGCUUCCCUCAGAUGGAAGCACAAUGCUUCGCGUUGGGAUGACUAAUCCUCCUUAUAUUCUUGAACACUUGAAAGACAUAGCUGAUGUCCUGCGUCACCCAUGUGUUUAUUCCUUUCUUCAUGUACCAGUCCAAUCUGGUAGUGAUGUUAUUUUGAGUGCAAUGAAUCGAGAGUAUACUGUAAGCGAGUUCAGGACAGUGGUAGAUACAUUGAUUGAACUUGUGCCUGGGAUGCAGAUUGCAACUGAUAUAAUUUGUGGAUUCCCUGGUGAAACUGAUGAAGAUUUUGCUGAAACAGUAAACCUUGUUAAGGACUACAAGUUUUCACAAGUUCAUAUAUCGCAAUUCUAUCCUCGACCUGGAACCCCUGCUGCAAGGAUGAAAAAGGUCCCAAGUACUAUAGUGAAGAAACGAAGUCGUGGAUUGACUUCUGUUUUUGAAUCAUUCACACCAUAUAGUGGAAUGGAAGGCAAAGUAGAGAGAAUAUGGAUUACUGAAAUUGCAACUGAUGGAUUUCACUUGGUGGGUCAUACCAAGGGAUAUGUGCAGGUUCUGGUGGUUGGUCCAGAGAGCAUGCUGGGGACUUCAGCUAUAGCAAGGAUAACCUCUGUAGGAAGGUGGUCAGUUUUUGGUGAAGUGAUCGAGACUCUUAACAAAAUAAAUAUCAAUACGGAAAUGGCUUCAAGCAAGAGAAGUGGCAGUGGUGACAAAUGUUCUCCUUGCUCCAACCCAGAUGAGACUUGUUCAAUAGAGCAGGAAACUUGUGCUUGUGGGCAGCAAAGCUGCAGAGGAGAAAAAACGUUGGAGGAAACCACAUCUUCGGUGUCGAAGAUUGACUCGUGGCCAGAAGACCGAAACAGCCAAAACCUCAUUGGAUGGUUACUUAGGAAGCGGAGAAACCAUUCACAAAAGAGGAUGGAGAAUGGGAUCGUUUUAGAAUCUAAAGGGAAGCAAGAGAGACCCAGAGGACGCAUGCACGAGUGGGGGCUUGUUGAUACUGCUCUUUUGGGUGGAAUGCUUAUGAGCUUGUUAACAAUUGUAGUUCUACUUCUAUAUAUGGGAUCUAGGAACCUGGCGUCAAAAUAAUUGAUUAUUGUAUGAAUCGUACUUGUUCAAACAAGUGGGCACUUUCAUGAAAGAUUGCCGAAUAUGAAUCUGCAUGAGAAAUUUUGGUUGUUUCGAAGAUUUUAAUUUGUUCUUAUUGACAAAGAGCCCGAUUGCAAAUGGAUUAUCUGAAUUUGGAGCAAUAAUAGUGCGUUCUUUUUCUUGUUA